AUGCUGGCAACAUAUCGCAGUGUGGAGAAAAUAUUGUACGUCAUCAUUGCUGUCAUUGGAGUUCCUGCGAAUUUAGUGGCGAUUGUGAUCCUGUCCCGGGGAAAGUGCGACCUCUCGUCCUGCACCACUCGAUACCUGGUGGCCAUGGCAGCGGCGGAUCUACUGGUCAUUGUCACUGAGAUUAUUUUGUAUCGCAUUGGAGGGCAUUAUAUUCCCUUGAGUUUCUUGGACAUCACCCCUGUAUGCAGGAUUAUUUAUGUACUGUCCUAUGUGGCCAUAAACUGUUCAGUCUGGUUCACCGUCAAUUUUACUGUUGAUCGAUUUGUCGCCAUUUGCUGUCAGAAGCUGAAAACCAAAUAUUGCACCGGAGAAAAUGCGACUGCGAUUCUGGCGACCACUGGAAUUCUUCUCUUCGUGAAAAAUAUACCAUUUUACUUCAUAAAGGAACCUGGAGAGAUCGUCGACAAUGUACCGUGGUUCUGUGUAACGAUGAGCGGUGUUUACACAGAACCCGGGUGGGUGGGGUUUGACUGGUUCGACAUGGUAUUAACUCCAUUACUCCCUUUCACCGUAAUUCUAUUGCUCAACGCUCUGACAGUCAGACACAUAUUGGUUGCUAGUCGUGUCCGUAAAGGGCUCAGGGGUCAGAGCAAGGGGGAGAACCGCAGUGACCCAGAGAUGGAGAGCAGGAGAAAGUCUGUGGUUUUACUCCUCACACUCUCCGGAAGCUUCAUCCUCCUGUGGCUGACACUUGUUGUAGAAUUCGUCUAUUAUCAGAUCACAGGAACUGCAGCAGAUCGGAAUGAUUUUGAAGAGAUAUUUCACGAUGUAGGAUAUUUGCUGAGUAAUCUCAGCUGCUGCAUGAACACAUUUAUUUAUGCGGCCACUCAAUCCAAGUUCAGGCAGCAGUUGUUAGCGCUUCGACUCCCAGCCUCGUUCGGUCUCCUUCAAAUUCUGUCAUCGUUCACUGUGACGUUGUUGCCUGACCUUCGACUUUUCAAUCUCAUCAACGGAAAAUUCUCGUGUGAGAUGUCGGUUCCAUUCACACAUCAAUACCAGAACAUAUGA